AUGGGUUCAGUUCCUCACCCGCUUUGCCCACUGACGGGCCAUGAGAUCCAAUCAACUGCCCGCUUGAUCGAGAGCGUUUGGCCAGAGUCUGUCUCGCUAUCUUUUAAGGUUAUAACGCUCAGCGAGCCACCAAAGGAAAAGCUUGCGCCAUAUCUGCAAGCGCUAGACAACGGCAACUCCCCUUCAUCGCUCGAGCGACGAGUCUUUGCCGCGUACUACAUUCGCAAUACAGAUUUAUUCCAUGAAGCUAUUGUCAAUUUGACCACAGGAAGAAUUGAGAGCAACGUGAAGCUCGGUCAGAAUGUUCACAGCAACGUUGUCUACGAUGAGGCGCAACAGGUUGAGAAGAUUGCACUCGAGGAUCCGAAGGUGUUGGCCGAGUUGGAAAAGCUAAAGCUUCCCGAGGGCACAGUUGUUUGCGCUGAUCCCUGGAUCUACGGAUCUGAUGGAGUCGACGACGACGCUCGCAUGUACCAGGUCUUCCUCUACAUGCGUGACCCAGCCAAUUCUGACCAAGCUGACUCAAACCACUACGCGUUCCCUCUUCCCGUUUCGCCAGUUGUUGAAUGCGUUAACUACCAAGUGGUUCGCAUUGAUGUACUGCCGACAGGUGCCGAUAACACCCUCAAACCAUUGGCUCCCUAUCAACCAAAGCCUGCAAACGAGUACAUUCCUGAGACUCAGGAGCUACGAAAGGAUCUUAAGCCACUCCAUGUCAACCAGCCCGAGGGACCGAGCUUCUCUGUGACACCAGUGGGAGAAACUGGAAACAUUGUUUCUUGGCAGAAGUGGAACUUCUUUGUUGGUUUCAACCAGCGCGAAGGAAUGGUGCUGUACAACGUCAAGUACGACAACCGUUCACUAUUCUAUCGACUAUCACUCUCCGACAUGAGUGUGCCAUACGGUGAUCCGCGUCAUCCUUUCCACAAAAAGACAGCGUUUGACUUGGGUGAUGCUGGUGCUGGUGCUACUGCCAACAACCUCAAGCUAGGAUGCGACUGUCUAGGCAGCAUUCAGUAUCUGAGCGGUGUUAUAUGCGAUGAUAAGGGAAGCCCUCUGCCCAUGGAGAACGUGAUUUGCAUCCAUGAACAAGAUGGGGGUAUUGGAUGGAAGCACACAAACUACAGAACAGAAAGGGCUGUGGUGGUUCGCUCACGAGAGCUUGUGUUGCAGUCUAUCAUUACUGUGUCCAACUACGAGUAUAUCCUCAUGUUCAUCUUCAACCAGGCUGGAGAAGUCACAUACGAAGUCCGCGCCACAGGAAUACUCUCGACUCAACCGAUUGACCACGAGCUGGACAAGGUGGGAGUUCCAUUCGGUACAGUUGUACACCCGGGUGUCCUGGCAGGUGUCCAUCAGCACAUCUUCUCUCUGCGAGUAGACCCCAUGAUAGACGGCUACACGAAUCAGUUGACCUACACCGAAGCCCACAAAAUCCCUCGCCACCCAGAGAAGAACCCUCACGGAUGCGGUUAUGAGGUUGUUGAAAAGACUGUUGAAAGAACGGCUGGUCUUGACAUCGACUACGAUCUCAGUCGCGUCUACAAAAUCACAAAUCCCAAUUCCCUCAAUCCUGUGAAUGGCAAGCCAGUGGGAUACAAGAUCCAGGCCCCGCCAUUCCAAAAGCUUAUGGGCGAUGAAGACAGCUUUAUCCACAAGCGCGCCGAGUUUGGUGACCACAACAUUUAUGUUACCACGCACCGGGAUCGCGAGUUAUACGCUGGAGGAUGGUACACGAACCAGUCUCGUGGCGGCACCGGCGUGAGAAGCUGGGCGGAGAGAAACGAGACACUUACGCCAGAGUCUGAUAUCGUGUUGUGGGUACAGUUUGGCAUGAACCAUAUCCCUCGCAUAGAAGACUUUCCUGUUAUGCCAGUAGAGAUUCUCAAGGUGCAUCUCAAGCCGGUAAACUUUUUUACUAAGAACCCUGCCUUGGAUGUGCCUCCGAGUGAGCAAAGCUUCAAUCAGAGUACCCUGGUCGAGACAAGAAAGGAAGAGGCGACAGGCGGAGACUGUGGCUGCGAGCCACCUUCGGUCCCUUCGAAGCUAUAA